UGACAAGAAAAUCACUCGCCAUAUUUUUUUUUGGCCUUUCAGACUUGAAUAAGACGCCAGCAACGCCAGCAAUAGCUCAUCGGCGAUGGCCCCCACUGCCUCAAUUGCUUCGCCAGAGAUGGCGCAAAGCGACGAUCACCAAGUGACCAACAUGCAGCAGCCCGCGACGCCUCCCGCGCCCGUGUCACCGGUCACCAUCGUGCCCCGCGAAGAACCGCCGCCGCCACAGCGCCGCCGACCUCUGUCGCUACCCAGCCAGGUGCAGGAGUGUACCAUGCAACGCAUCCUCGUGACGGGCGGCGCCGGCUUUAUCGGCAUUCACCUGUGUCGUCGCCUAUUGGAGCAGGGCCACGAGGUUAUUUGCCUUGACAAUCUCUUCACCAGUCAACGUGCCAACGUCCUGGACUUGCAAAUGCGCUACCCGAACUUCGAGUUCGUGCGUCACGACGUGACAGAGCCCUACUCCUGCGAAGUAGACCAGAUCUACAACCUGGCAUGUCCUGCAUCGCCCGUGCACUACCAGUACAACCCCAUUAAAACCACCAAGGUGUCUUUUAUGGGCGCCAUCAACGUCCUCGGGUUGGCCAAGCGUGUCAAGGCGCGCGUGUUCCAAGCUUCGACUAGUGAAGUGUAUGGCGACCCAGAAGUGUCGCCACAGGUGGAAUCCUAUCUGGGCAAUGUCGACUGCACUGGCGUGAGAGCGUGCUACGAUGAAGGCAAGCGUGUGGCCGAGACGCUGUUCUUCGAGUAUCAUCGCACACAGGCAGUAGAUAUCCGUGUGGCGCGAAUCUUCAACACGUACGGCCCCGGUAUGCACCCGUACGACGGACGUGUGGUAAGCAACUUUAUCAUGCAGGCGCUACAGGGCGAGGACAUCACGAUCUACGGCACAGGCAGCCAAACGCGCUCAUUCUGCUUCGUGGAUGACCUCGUCGAAGCCAUUAUCCGCUUCAUGGACUGCAAGACCUGCGUGGGGCCUAUGAACUUGGGCAAUCCGCACGAGAUGACAAUCCGUGAACUAGCUGAAAUGAUCAUUGGGCUGACAAAUUCAUGCAGUCGUUUGGUGUUCCGGGAUCUGCCCAACAACGACCCCAAAUUGCGAAAACCUGACAUCACCCUUGCCAGAACGCAUUUGGAUUGGAACCCCCAUGUGUGUAUCGAAGAAGGACUCAUGCGCACUAUCGCAUAUUUCCGGGCCUUGGACUUAUCGAAGUACAAGCGACCAACCAACAAUACAGCGCAUUGCAAGAGUAAGAUGGCGAACCAGGCUAAAGCGGCCGUCCAAAACUAAAGUUGCCAUGUAGGUCUGUUGUUUCCGCUCACGAAUCCGACAUUCUAGGCAACUUUCACGUUCAAGUACGUACAUAACAGCACUGUUGACUUUUGCAAAACCAUUUUUCGUGAUUUCCUUUAUCAUGCUGCUACCGCGGCAACAAGGACAAUGUAAAUUCUGAUUCAAUGGCACGGAAAACUGAUUAGUUCUUGUCAUUGAUCUUGAUAGACGAAGGGUGGGAAACACCGAAAGCUAAGCUAGCCGUGAAGAAGCAUAGGAACUGAUGGACACGCACCCCACGUCUCCACUCAACCUGUUUUCUUUACCUGCGCUGCAUAACUACGAGGACUUGGACGCUGGAAGGGCACCUGCAACUCCAUUAUCGUCAUUGUCGAGUUCAGCAUUGGUCUCCUGCUCAGCCUUCUCCAAGCGAGCACGCUCCUCGCGGAUCUUGGCCACGCCGCCGCCCGAGCCGAGCUUUGCACCAGGGAAUUUGACAAUCACAACGCUCAUAUUGUCACGGCUGCAAUCCAGACACAAACCGUUAGCACUAGUGCAUACACUCACGACAAUAUAACCACAGCCAUACCUUCCUGCACGAAGGCAGUUGUCCAGGACCUCUUCCGCUAUUAACUUCAAGUCAG